AUGCCUCCACCGGUAUCCACAGCCCAAGCUGGAGCUGGAGAAGAGGCGCCUCUCGCAGCACCCCUGCCUCCAAAUACGGCCACGGUAACAAUCCCUCAUGUGAGCAUCCCAUUGCGCCCCCCUGGUUACCCACUGCCGAGCUCUACGGCAGACAUGGAGGAGUCUACGGCUGUGUACUUUCGCGAGGCGCGCAACCCUUACGGAAAGCGACCCCGCUCUACUAUCCUCAGCGAGGCGUCCGUGUCAGCAGCCCCCACCGUCUUGGAAAUAGUGAGCGCCGAGGAGGACGUCCGCGCAGCUCUGGAUGAUACUGAUAGGGGUAGCUUCGUCUGCGGCACCCCCCAGUCGCGGCCCAGUACGGGGGCGGCGGCGGAGGAUGCCGUCACAGCGCAGUACCUUGUGCAGCUUUUCAACGAGCCGACUAGGUGUGAGCAGGACGUUUACCGCCUCGUUGAUGUGGCGUACUGCCGGCGCGUCCUUGCGCAGGAAGCGGAGGAGUUCAAGAUGGCCGUCUCGUCGCAGCCGUCAAAGGUAUCCUCGUUGGAGGAGACCAAAGCUACCACAGCAAGGGUGAAGAGAGUUGACGAGUUCAACUCAUGCCUGACAGCUGGUCAGCAUCGGCGGUACCGCGGGUUUGUGCUAGAGUGGCUUCGACACCAGCCCUCCCCGUCGGUACCGCCAAACUCGGCGGAGGUGUUGAAGGUGGUACAGCAGGAGCAACGGCUGUUUCUCGAGGCACUGCGCCGAGAAGCGGUAUGCCACGUGGUGCAGCUUUCCUCCGAUCAUCACACAACAGCGUACGCACACCUGGGGUGCACGCUGACUAGCUUUGCGCAGUAUCGUCGCAUACAUCAGAUGCGGCAGAGACUUAUUUCCUUCCUCGAUGAUGCCAAGACAAAAAAGAGAGAGGGGUUGCUGCUGCUGGGUAGCGCUCCAGUGGCGAGCUCUUCAGAGGCUUCCGGCGCUGCCCAGGAGGACAAAUUUGCGAGAGACGUAGCUCGCGGUCCCGCCGGUGAUCUGCAGGAAGACGUGUCACCCAGGGCGACAUCGCUGCAGCUGUUUCAGCGACGCUUUCCGAGUCUACGUGUCCUUCAGUGGCACAUGGUGAAGCUGUACAACGCCCAGCAGAACGGCGUCGCUGCCCCCUUUCCGAAUCCACAAGUUCGCAGCUUCGUAGUACCGUCAGGUGCUACCUCUGGCGCCUGUCUGCACAACCGCCACUCAGAGGCAGACAGCGCUGUCGAGGCGUCUUCUUCGGCGGCCGCAGCAGUGCACUCGUCUGCUGUUGCGCUGAUGCGCCCAUCGACUUACCUCUUGUUCACCUCUUUGCCCCAGCACAGACGAGGUGACGACAGUGAUCAGCCGGGAACAAGGAGCUGCAGUAGAGUGUCUGAGGACAACAACAGUGACAGGACAGCGUCCUCUGCCGUUCCCACCUUUGCGACCCACCUGUCUGUCGAUGCCGCUGCCGCGGUGAGCCUGACGCCGCUGUCCACGGCAGCACUACAUGCGUACGUAGCCCACCACCUCCUUCCACGCCUGGGCUGGCAAGUGUCGAGGUAUCAGGGUAAGGAUGGCGAGGCAGGUGUUGACAAUGAAGGCAUCACGGGCGUAGUCGCGUCGGUGUCGCUCUCCAUCACGUUUGAGGCGAUGCUUAAGCUGUUUGUUGCUCACGUUGACACCGAGGAGCCUCGCACAUCCUUUCGGAUUCCUCUCCGUGUUAAUGUAACGCGCAAGCCCCAUUCGAGCCGCACCAACAACACCACGUCCGCUCGCGCGGUGUACCACGCGCACGUGGUGGUUGGGUCGCCUGUGCCCAAUGUGACGGAGAGCCGUCAAAGCAUUCAGCUGGCUGCCGCUGAGUAUCUGCUUUGCCAAGCCGCGAAUGGCGAAGGGUCAAGGAGCGACACGGCCACGCCCAGCGAGACUCGAAAUUUUCCAAGCACCAUCAUGGCGCCCGAAGCGGUUACUCCUGCUGCCUCCACGGUGCAUCUCUCGCGUAGUACCGCCAUGCCGCGCGACAUCAACGCGAGGCAAGCGGCUGCACAACCAAUUAAGGGUGGAGCCGGUGGUAAUGCCAUCAGUGUCUCUGUAGAAAACCUCCUGGAGCAGCAGGAGCCUGCCUCUGAGAGCGUUUUUCCUCUCGUUUUUCGCGUUUCAGCACCAGCUGCUGCUGGUUUCUUGAGGCUACCCAGCAACGAAUCUUUACAAGGCGUUUCACCGGUGGUGAUCAUGGCGAAGAUGGAGCACCUCAACGGCACUUCCGCGGCCGCGCCUCACGCCCGCUUGCCGUCAUUGACAGUAUCGUCAUCCUCGACUGACACCGAGUGUGCUGUUGCGUCGCUAGCGGAGACGGCGGCUCCGUGCCGUUGGCUGCUCGAGGUGCUCUCCCCUCGAGAGAUACUGCAGCUGGACUUGCUGUUCGCAUGUUUUCCCAGCGCGACGGUGCAUCUGCACCGCGUGCGGUUAUUGGAAAAAGACGGCAGGGACGAGUCGGCAGAGACGGGAAGCAAGAGCGAGGAAGGGGAGCAACUUUGCAUGGAGGUGUUGGCUGUCGAGCAGUUGACACUCCAGAGAUGGUGUUUGAGCCGUCGGCAUCUGCAGAGGCGGCCGGCAGAGUCGCUCAUCACGACCCCGUCGCCGGCUGAGGUGCUCGCUACCUACUCGUGGGACCUGCUCUACGACACACUCGCCUGGCUGCUCGACACCACGGCUCGCCGCGUAGCCUACGCGCUCGAGUUAGAGGGGGAGUGCAAAGAGGUGUCGGCCGAGGGUACCACUGCCCUCUCUGAGGAGCGCUACAUGUACUUGAUCUUGAACAACCACGCCAACCUCGUGAACACGUGCGCAAGCACCAAGCUGUACACAAAGAAGAGGCCCGAGAACUCACCAGAGUCAGCAGACGCCACCGUUUUUACCUCCAGCUACACAGAGAGCCGCUUUGCUGUACGUUACAUGGUGCAGGAUGCAGAAGAAAUCUACCCCGAUUACGAGCCUAAAGUCCCCAUCACCUUUGAGGUCGAGAAUCUGCAUUUCCUCGAGAAAGACGCGCAGAGCGGCAGUGAUGAGGACGGUGAGGGUGACACCAAGUCCAUGGGAGACAAGGAGAAGGGUGUGAGCAAGGUAGCGUCUCGGCUCUACCGCGAUCCCCACACGUGGAAUGCAGAGACGAUUCCUUUUACAUUUCCGAGAACGCCGGCGCCCGCUUUAGCCGGGACUUGA